CGUACGUGCAAACCACGCUCCUGGAGUCACGUCGUAGUAGACGAAUAUGAUGCCGCCUUCUUCCUCCUCCCUCCAAAGUCCAAACAGGACACUUUUCAGUAUUUACUGUGCCGUAUGCGAUUCUUCAUUUCGUUAUAUACAUGAAACAUUACAUGCCAUGAAAGCUUCAUCUUAUCCUUUCUCUUUGACUCUCUUUCUCUUCCAAUAUAUUUAAUAUGUAUGCAGUGAAGCACGAUUUUCACAAGUGGGAACUUGAAGACUCCCAAUUCAACGCAUGACUUCUCUCUGAAUUUCUUAUCAUCUUCCUCGCCAAAUCCAUUUCCACCCUUUAUUACAUUUUGUCUGUUUUGAUUUUCUUGUCUUCUGGUCGUAAAUUGCUAAUUUUGUAGCUUUGAAGAUACCUGUGGCUUUUGGCUGCUUAUCAUUUGUCAGGCUUUGCAAUUAAUAUCUUGUCUCACUCGUGUACUCUACUGAUUAGGCAACACGAAGCACCCACCAUUGUUGAAACUCUUUACCUGGUCUCUUCCCAGUUCAAAAUCCAUGUGGGUAUCCGUCAAAAUGUGAUCUUUACCCGUUUAAACUCCACUUUUCGUAGUGCCCAGUAAAGUUUGAAGAUUAAUUUCUUGGGUUGCUGGGUUGGUGAUUGAUGUUCUUCUAAUUAUGAAGCUUACAAGGGUGUCUCUUGCACCCUUUUAUGUAAUGGUUGUAUGGGUUUUUCUGGCGAGUUGUGUGAGUUGCCAAAGACCUCACGUUGUUAAGAUUGGUGCAAUUUUUGCCUUUGAUUCGGUUAUUGGAAAAGCUGCGAAGCCAGCAAUUGAAGCUGCCGUAUCUGAUGUCAAUGCCGAUCCAAGAAUCCUCAAUGGGACUGAACUGAAGUUGAUUAUACGGGAUAAUAAUUGUAGUGUCUUCUUAGACUCCAUUUCAGUUUUUCAAGUGAUUGCGGAAGAGGUUGUUGCUAUAAUUGGUCCAUCAUCCUCUUCAAUUGCUCAUAUGAUUGGUGAAGUUGCUAAUGGCCUUCGAGUGCCCCUUGUAUCCUUCGCUGCUACUGAUCCAACUUUGUCUUCCCUCCAAUUCCCCUACUUCCUCCGAACCACACCAAGUGAUUCCUCCCAAAUGGCUGCCAUUGCCAAUUUGACUGACUUCUAUGGUUGGAAAGAGGUCAUUGCUAUCUAUGUCGAUGACGAUUAUGGGAGGAACGGAAUAGCUGCUUUGGAUGACGAACUUGACAAGAAAUCAGCAAAAAUUUCAUGUAAAUUGCCAUUACCUGUUGGUUUUGAUGAAAAUAACAUCACGGUGGCACUGAAUUCAUCCAAAUUGCGUAAUACUCGUGUUUAUGUUGUUCAUCUAAGUCCUGAUCCCAGGUUGAGAAUCUUCAAAGUUGCCCAAAAACUUGGAAUGAUGACUAGCAAUCAUGUGUGGUUUGCAACAGAUUGGCUUUCUGUUACCUUAGAGUCUUUUUCAGCAAAGGAUCAAGUAUUGCUGAACUCUAUCCAAGGUGUACUUGGGCUUCGUCAACAUAUUCCAGAUUCUAGUCGUAAGAAGGAGCUUUUGUUUCGCUGGAGAAAUAUGCAUAAAAAAGGGUCGAUAGAUUCUCCAUUGAACGUCUAUGGACUUCGUGCUUAUGAUACCGUUUGGGCAGUUGCUUACGGUCUUGAUAAGUUUAUAAAUGAUCAGAACAAUGUCACUUUUUCUUUCAAUCAUAAGUUAAUUGAUAUGAAGGCCUCUAAGAUGCAGAUAGGGAAGCUCAAGGUUUUCGAGGGUGGAGCCUUUCUACGCAAGGAAAUUUUGCAAGCAAACUUCACUGGUUUAGCUGGUCAAGUCCACUUUGAUGCCAGUGAGAGAAACAUUGUGAAUGCUGGUUAUGAUAUUCUUAAUAUUGAUCAGAUGAGAGUUCGUACAGUAGGUUAUUGGUCUAAGGAUUUUGGGCUCUCUGUUUCACCUCCUGAAACUCUCAGAAGGAAGAAGUAUAGCUUUUCCCUGCUAGAUCAGAGGCUGCAGACAGUAAUCUGGCCUGGUGGAGAGACAGAGAAGCCACGUGGUUGGGUGGUUGCAAAUAAUGAAAAGCCGCUGAAAAUUGGAGUGCCCUACAGAGUUAGUUUUGUUGAUUUUGUUACAGAAAAUAAAAGCAGCCAUGAAAUCGUAGGAUACUGUAUUGAUGUGUUCAUGGAAGCACAAAAACAUGUCCCAUACGAUGUUCCAUACUCUUUCGAGCUUUUUGGAGAUGGCCAUUUCAAUCCCAGCUACAAUGAGCUUGUGAACAUGGUCUACAAUGGGGAACUGUUCGCAGGUGACCAAAAUGGGUAUGGUGGUCUGCUUCAGUUGCCACUAACGUCUUGCCUCACCUACGAGCAUUUGGGUCCUGUUGAAGAGGAAUUGGAUUAUAUUAGGGAGGGACCGAGUGACCCUAUAGUGGCACCUGGUUGUAUGGUGGUUGCUCCGAAUUGUACUGUGGUAGUGUCGGAUGAUACAGUGGAGGAGCAGAAUUGUACUAAGGUGGCACUGGAUCCUCUUGUUGUAGGGGUGACUCAUAUUAUGGCAAUGGUAGAGGGUCAGACAGCUCCCUCAUCUCUUCUCUGGCCUGCUGGGCAGAGAUGA